AUGCUGGCUGCCCAGCAGCAGCUAGCUGCAGAGGAUGCAGCGGCGCAGAGUGCCGACUUCCUGGCCAAGCAGCCAGAUGCUGAGGUGGCAGUCCAGAAGGAGCUCCACAGGGCCCGAGCCUGGGCUGCGCAGGCACAGGGCUUACGGGAUGCCUAUGCACAGCAUGCGCAAGAGACAGCAGCGCAGUUGAGGCCAUCUGGAAAGGUGUAG